AUGGAGGGACCCUUGAACCCAGGGGCGCCCAACGGCAGCAUACGCACACCCAGCCCCUCGCCACCCUCGAUAGACCCCCAGCUCAUCGUCGACCACCUGGAAAAGGUACUUGACGUCAGUCUGGGCGCCUCCAAGGAAGAUCUUUUUGCACCCGGUAGUCUGCUCUCGAGCGCCAAGCUGCAGGACACGCUGCAACGAUGCGCCCGCUUCGCCUCCGAGGGGCAGUCCGCGCUCUACGUUGUGAAAGACCGAGCCGAUGAAGCCCGCAUCGAUGGCCUGGAUGGAGCGAACGGCAGACUGACACAAGCAGCAGGGGCGACCCAGCGCUUCACCUACACCAUUUCGACUGAGAUUACCGCUUCUCCUACCUGCGCAGCAUUUGUUGUUAUUUCGAAGCGACCGAUACCCAUAGACCCCGCGAUACCCCUUAGCCAGCAAGUCCUUAUACAGACGCUGCCCGGUUUUAUACUUUCUAAUAACGCUUCUUCGCCCGACGGCACUCCCUAUGAGUUUCUUCGUUCUCUCAUUCAGUCUGCGGUCGAGCCGUACUUUGACACCUACACCAAGAGCACGCGCGACCUGGCAGGGAAAUACAGCAAGGGCGAUAAUGAUGCGAGGACGGGUAUUUCGGCGACACGGAAGAAGAUUGCGGAACUGGCCGUCAGUCUGGGCAAUCUGGAGCAGAAUGUCGAGAUUCCGGAACUACUUCUGCCUCUCCACCCGCUCAUCCAGAGUGCGCUCGACGAUGCUGCCCAGCAUAACGUGAAGCCCUCCCCAGAACUCAUUCCCCCUGGCAUUGUUCAAGACAGCAGCUUCCUUAACGGAUUGCAGUCGACGGUCAACGGAUGGAUCAAGUCGAUACAGACAAUCACAAAGACAUCCCGAGAUGUAUCAACUGGGACUGCAGCGCAAGAGAUCAACUUCUGGAUCUCUAUGGAGUCAAGGCUGCAGGACAUUGAGACUCAACUGGGCAGUCCCGGUGUUAGGCUCACUCUGGACGUGUUGAAGAAUGCGAAGCGUUUCCAAGCGACGGUCAGCUUCAGCGCAGAUACUGGACUCAAGGAGAGCACGGAUCUGGUCCAGAAGUACAACCAGCUGAUGCGCGAAUUUCCUCUCGACCAGCUGCUAUCUUCGACCUCACUACAAGCAGUACAGGAAGCGAUACAGGCCAUCUUCAGCCACAUGAACAAGAAGCUCCGCAUUUGCCCCUACCCCGUCCGCCGAGCGCUUCCUCUCGUGGAGGCCAUUUCCGGCGACCUCGACAAGCAACUGCACAAUCUCCUACACGGCAAGACACUUAUGCACAUGGACUACCCUGAGUUCCAGGCGAUCAUGGCUGUCGCUGAGAGCAUCUGGCGCACAUGGGAGGAAAACGUAAAGGAAUUCACUAAUGUUGCUCGUGAGGUGACUAGGCGAAGGAACGAGAAGUUCAUCCCGAUCAAGAUUGCAGCUAGGCACAAGGAGACGGAGGAGCGCAUUCGCUACAUUACAACGUUCCGCAAGAACCACGAGCAGCUUCAGCGAACCAUCGUUAAUGUCCUGGGUUCGCAAUCUUCCUUAUCCGAGAGCGCUCCCGCCAAGGAGGCGGUCAUCAUCGAGGAGAUCGGUGAUGUUGACGCCGUGAAAGAAGUCAAGGAGGCUUACGAUGUGCUCAAGGACGUCGAUGUCCUGGAUGUCUCUCCUGAAGGCACGCGACUUUUCGAGCAAGCAGAGCAGAAGUACAACGAGCGUACUUCCCGUGUCGAGAACUCAAUCAUCGCUAGGUUGCGAGACCGUCUUGGUACCGCCAAGACCGCCAGUGAGAUGUUCCGCGUCUUCUCCAAGUUCAAUCCGCUUUUUGUGCGACCUAAGAUUCGGGGAGCCAUUUCCGAAUACCAGACUCAGCUCAUUGAGAAUGUCAAGCAGGAUAUCUUGGCACUUCACGAGCGCUUCAAGCGCCAGUACGGUAAUUCGGAAGCUCAUGCCAUGGCGCAGCUUCGCGAUUUCCCCCCGGUCUCCGGUGCUGUUAUCUGGGCUCGGCAGAUUGAAACACAGCUGGAGAGCUACAUGGGCAAGGUCGAAGAUAUCCUCGGUAAGGACUGGGCGCUACAUGCUGAAGGUCAAAAGCUCCAGGCUGAGAGCAGCAUGUUCAAGAAGAAGCUCGACACCAGGCCGAUCUUUGAGUCAUGGCUUCAGGAAGUGGCGAGGAGGAAACUGCAGAUCUCGGGACGCCUCUUCCUUGUCAGCAGGAACCGUGCCGCAGGAAACAUCUUGGAGCUGAACGUCAACUUUGACGCGCAAGUCAUUGCGCUGUUUAAGGAAGUUCGUAACCUGACAUGGCGCGGCUACCAAGUGCCUCACGGCAUCAACAACAUCUCGAAAGAGGCCAAGCGUGUCUACCCCUACGCAGUCAGCUUAAUGGAGAGUGUCCGCACGUACACCCAGACCCUGCGGUCGAUUUCUGAGAUUGGCGGAGUUGCACUCUUACUCAACAACUACGUUAACGAGGUUCAAGCGCUUGUCGGCAAAGGUGUUCCCCUCAAGUGGGAGUCUUUUGUUCAUGCUUACGAUCUUCACGUCCGACAAUCUGGUUUCCCUGUUGGCGGUGGUAGCGUCCGUAGUGAGAGCAAGCAUGUUCAAUUUGUACGUGACUUCGCAGCUACAACGUCACUACUUCAACUCAAGGUUGCAACACUCAUCAACAUCAACGCUGCGAUUGAGAAGUCGCUCAAGGAUUUGGAGACAUGUCCUUACACCAAGGAAGCCUUCCAACAGAACCUCGAAACUAUCCAGAAGUCCAUCGAUCAGCUCAACCUUGAGAGCUAUGCCAAUCUUGACUCUUGGGUUUCUGAUAUGAAUGCGCGCAUCGAAUCGAUUUUGCUGGUCCGUCUCAGCCGAGCUAUUGCAUUGUGGAUUGAGGUCUUCAAUAAUGUAGACGAGGAAGAUCGAACUCGACGCCCAGUCAGUGAAGUUGUCUCGACGGAGGCACCAGAAGUCAAGCCGACUCUGGCGCGAUUGACUCUUGAGAUUACUAUGCGCAACCAGGUCAUUUACCUCAGCCCUCCGGUAGAAUACGCCCGUGCAAGCUGGCUUGAGCAACUGCAGCAAUGGCUCGCCAUCAUUUGCACUCUCCAGAAGAUCAAGGCUUCACGAUACGAGAUCCGACUUGAAGCGACCAACGACACCUCUGCCAGCCAGUUCUCUGACUUGCCAAGCCGGUGCACCGACUCGCUUAUUGAAGUCUAUGGCGCUGUCGAAGGCAAGCUCCGUGACAUCUCAUCAUACGUGGAUGAGUGGCUCCAGUUCCAAUCUCUAUGGGAUCUGCAGUCAGACCAUGUCUACGACAUCCUUGGCGAAGAUCUUUCACGAUGGCUACAACUACUCCAGGAAAUUCGUAAGACUCGCGCUACCUUCGACAACUCUGACAUCAGUCGCCAGUUUGGCUAUGUCACUGUCGACUACGACCAAGUGCAGGUCAAGGUCAACGCCAAGUACGACCAAUGGCAGCAGGAAAUCCUCACCAAGUUUGCCAGUAGGCUUGGUCAGCGCAUGAACGACGUUUAUGUGCAGAUAGAGAAGGCACGUAAGGAUCUUGAAAUGCAGACCCUGGAGGCCUCAUCCACUGCUCAGGCUGUCUCUUUUAUUACAACAGUACAGCAAUGCAAGAGGAAGGUUCUCGAAUGGGAGCCAGAGAUGUCCACUUUCCGUCAAGGUCAAGCAACUCUGGCUCGCCAGCGUUACCAGUUCCCGUCCGACUGGCUGCAGAUGGAACAGAUCGACCAUGAAUGGCAGACGCUGAACGAGGUUCUGGAGAGGAAGACCAAGAUUGCGAACGAUCAAGCUGACGCGCUGCGCGCCAAGAUUGGCGCGGAGGACAAAGUCGUCAGCCAGAAGAUUGUGAACAUCACAGGAGAGUGGGCAGAGGACAAGCCUGUUGCAGGAAACCUGGCGCCAGCUGAAGCCUCAGCCAUUCUGGCCAAGUUCGACCAGAAGCUUAGCCAGCUUCAGAACGAGUCCAGCAACAUCUCGAAGGCCAAGGAAGCUCUUGGACUACCACCAUCUCCAGAAAACGCACUUGAGACCCUGCUGGAGGAAGUGCAAGACUUCAAAUCCGUCUGGUCUGCGCUUGGCACCAUCUGGGCCAGCAUCGACGACCUUCGUGAGGUCUUGUGGACCAGCAUUCAGCCUCGCAAGCUGCGACAGAACCUUGACAACUUGCUCAAGAUGACCAAGGACAUGCCCAGCCGGAUGCGCCAGUACCAGGCUUUCGAAUUCGUUCAGACUACCCUGAAGCAACUUCUCAAAGAAAACACGAUUCUUGCAGAACUGCGCUCUGAUGCCGUCAAAGAGCGCCAUUGGGUCAAGAUUUUCAAGAACCUGAGGCCACAGAAGCGAUACUCCGCCAUCUCCAUGACACUCGGUGAUGUCUGGGACCUUAAGCUCGGCCCUAGCGAAAAGAUCAUUCGCGAUGUCAUUACUCAAGCAGCGGGCGAGAUGGCACUUGAGGAGUUCAUCAAGCAGGUCCGCGAGACUUGGCAGAACUACUCUUUGGAGCUCGUCAACUACCAGAACAAGUGCCGUCUUAUCAGGGGAUGGGACGACCUGUUCGCUAAGUGCAGCGAAAACCUCAACUCACUGCAGGCUAUGCGCCACUCGCCUUACUACAAGGAGUUCGAGGAAGAGGCGUCUUCUUGGGAGGACAAGCUCAAUCGCGUGCAUGUUCUGUUCGAUGUAUGGAUCGAUGUGCAACGUCAAUGGGUCUACCUGGAGGGCGUGUUCACUGGUAACGCUGACAUCAAGCACCUGCUCCCUAUGGAGUCGGCUCGUUUCCAGAACAUCAACUCUGAGUUCUUGUCAGUCAUGAAGAAGGUCUCGCGACAGCCUUUCGUGCUCGAAGUCCUCAACAUCUCUGGUGUGCAGAAGUCGCUGGAACGCCUCGCCGAGCUAUUGAACAAGAUCCAGAAGGCACUCGGAGAGUAUCUGGAACGCGAGCGUGUAUCCUUCCCUCGCUUCUACUUCGUUGGUGACGAGGAUCUACUGGAAAUCAUCGGUAACAGUAACGAUGUUAUGCGUAUUGCCAAACAUCUGCGAAAGAUGUUUGCUGGUAUCUCUGGACUUAUCACUGAUGAGGACGGCGUCAUUCAAGGAUUCACGUCCAAGGAAGGAGAGGAGGUUACGCUUCGCAAAGAAAUCUCGCUCGUUAAGACACCCAGGAUCAACGAAUGGCUUGGUGCCCUUGAAGCCAACAUGAAGACUACUCUGGCCGAGUUGACUUUCGAAGCUUACGAAGAGUUCGCUCAACUCAUUGAGCCUGAUGCGAUGGACCCUGAAGCUUUCACCAACUACAUCGCCAAGUACCCAACGCAGGUAGUCGUCCUCGGAACGCAGAUCGCUUGGACCCAUGCUGUAGAGAAGUCUCUUUCUGAAGAAGGCACGACCUUGCCUCAGUUGUACGAGAAGCAAGUAAACGUCUUGAAGCUCCUCGCUACCGCUGUUCUGGGUGACCUUGAACCCAUUCAGCGUCGCAAGUGCGAGGACCUCAUCACUGAGUUCGUUCACCAGCGAGACGUCAUCCAUAAGCUUGACAAGGUUGGCGCACGCUCUCCUACCCAUCACAUGUGGCUACUAUGCAUGCGAUACAUGUAUGAGCCCGGCAAUGAUCUCUUGCAGCGAUUGAGGAUCAAGAUGGCAAAUGCCGUUCUCGACUACGGUUUCGAGUACCUGGGUGUUGCCGAUCGCCUUGUGCGCACACCUCUUACCGACCGCUGUUUCCUCACCCUCACCCAGGCGCUUUGUCAGCGACUUGGUGGUUCGCCAUACGGUCCUGCUGGUACUGGUAAAACUGAGUCGGUCAAAGCUCUUGGUGUACAGCUUGGACGCUUUACCCUUGUGUUCUGUUGUGACGACACUUUCGACUUCCAAGCUAUGGGUCGUAUCUUCCUUGGUAUUUGCCAGGUUGGAGCCUGGGGUUGUUUCGACGAGUUCAACCGUCUGGAAGAGCGUAUCCUGUCGGCUGUGUCUCAGCAGAUUCAAAACAUUCAGCUGGGUCUCAAGAAGGGCGCCGAGGACGACAAAUCUCAGAUCGAGCUUAUUGGUCGUCAACUGAAGGUCAACGGUAACACUGGAGUCUUCAUCACCAUGAACCCUGGUUAUGCAGGUCGAUCGAAUUUGCCCGACAAUCUCAAGAAGCUCUUCCGAAGCGUGGCCAUGUCCAAACCCGACAAGGAACUUAUUGCUGAAGUCAUGCUGUACUCCCAAGGUUUCUCGCAAGCGAAAGAGCUGUCGAAGCAGGUCGUACCGUUCUUCGACAAGUGCUCAGCUGGUCUUUCCAAGCAGGCUCAUUACGACUUUGGUCUGCGUGCGCUGAAGAGUGUGCUUGUCAGCUCUGGUGGGUUAAAGCGCGCCCGCAUCGCCGCUCAGCAAGACUCUCAGACUCUGGAUGAAGCUAGCAUGGAGCCUCAAAUCAUCAUUCAGAGCUUACGCGAAACAAUGGCACCGAAGCUUAUUCGCUCUGAUGUCGAGCUCUUGAUGGCCAUCCAAGAGGAGGCUUUCCCCGGUGUGGAAUACAUCCCUGCGCCUCUUGACAAGUUGACCGAAGCUAUCCACAAGUGCGCCGCGGAGUCGAAGCUCGUGGUUAGCGAUUCUUGGUUGACCAAGAUCAUUCAGCUUUACCAGAUUCAGAAGUUGCACCACGGUGUCAUGAUGGUCGGUUCUUCCGGAUCUGGAAAAACUGCUGCCUGGAGGACGCUUCUCUCUGCCCUUCAAGCCGUGGAGGGAGUGGAAGGCGUCUGUCACGUCAUCGAUCCCAAAGUCAUGUCAAAGGAACAGCUUUACGGAACUCUCGACAGCACCACACGCGAGUGGACCGAUGGUCUUUUCACAAGCAUACUGCGUAAGAUCGUCGACAACCUUCGUGGUGAAGACACUAAGCGUCACUGGAUCGUAUUUGAUGGUGAUGUUGAUCCUGAGUGGGUCGAGAACUUGAACUCGGUGCUUGACGACAACAAGCUUCUCACCCUGCCAAACGGAGAGCGUCUCAACUUGCCAUCCAAUGUUCGCAUUAUGUUCGAAGUUGAGACUCUCAAGUACGCCACACUGGCUACCGUCUCCCGUUGCGGUAUGGUCUGGUUCAGCGACGAUACUGUGGAGGUCGAUAUGAUGAUUAAGAACUACAUCGAGCAUCUCAAGACUACACCGUUCGAAGACCUCGAAGACGAUUCGGUCGCUCCAGGUCAGAUGUCGCAGAAGACGAUGACGACACAAGGUCUCAUCGCCGACUUCUUGCACAUCAAGCUCACCCAGGACCGAUUCAUUGAGAAGGCUCUCAGCAUGGCUAGGAAGUUCAAGCAUAUCAUGGAGUACACCGACAUCCGUGCGCUCAACACACUGUUCUCUCUGCUCAACAAAGCAUGCCGCAAUGUUCUAGAGUACAAUGUGCAGCACCCGGACUUUUCCCUUGAGGAUGACAAGAUGGAGACUUAUCUCGCGAAGAAGUUGCUCGUAGCCUUGGUCUGGGCUUUGGUCGGUGAUUGCCCUCUUAUGGAGCGUAAGCAGUUUGGAGAUCUCAUCGCUGGUCUUACUGACGUUGAACUCCCCGCCCUCAACGAGACCACUUCGCUCAUUGAUUACGAUGUCAAGCCCGACAAGCCAGAGUGGGACACAUGGCAGAGCCAGGUACCGAACGUCGAAGUCAACACCCAUUCCGUUACUCAGACCGAUGUGGUUAUUCCCACGUUGGACACGGUUCGCCACGAGGAUGUUCUGUACUCUUGGCUUGCGGAGCACAAGCCCCUACUCCUUUGCGGUCCUCCAGGUUCUGGAAAGACCAUGACUUUGUUCAGCGCACUUCGAAAGCUACCCAACAUGCAGGUUGUUGGUCUCAACUUCUCCAGUGCCACUACCCCGGAUCUUCUCAUCAAGACGUUCGAACAGUACUGUGAAUACAAGAAGACUCUUAACGGCGUGCAACUUACUCCCACUCAAGUUGGUCGCUGGCUCGUCAUUUUCUGCGACGAGAUCAACUUGCCAGCACCCGACAAGUACGGUACUCAACGAGCUAUCUCCUUCCUGCGACAGCUUGUCGAGCACAAUGGUUUCUGGAGGACAUCUGACAAGACUUGGGUUACACUCGAUCGCAUCCAAUUUGUUGGUGCCUGUAACCCUCCCACCGAUGCUGGACGUACGCCUAUGGGCCUCAGGUUCUUACGCCACGCCCCGCUCAUCAUGGUCGAUUACCCUGGACAGCAAUCUCUUCUUCAGAUUUACGGCACCUUCAAUACCGCCGUACUCAAAAUUAUCCCGACUCUACGAGGUUACGCAGACGCUCUUACGAGGGCUAUGGUGCAGCUAUAUGCGGAGUCACAAAAGCGCUUCACACCGGAUAUCCAGCCACAUUACGUUUACUCUCCUCGUGAGCUUACUCGAUGGGUACGUGGUAUCUACGAGGCACUACGACCCCUUGAGACUUUGCCGAUCGAAGGCCUCGUUCGUAUCUGGGCACACGAGGCACUCCGCCUGUUCCAGGAUCGUCUUAUCGCAGAGGAAGAGAGGCAAUGGACUGAAGAGUGCGUCCACCGUAUUGCGGCUGAACACUUCCCUACCAUCGACGAAGAGAAGGCUCUUGGUGGCCCCAUCCUCUUCUCCAACUGGCUGUCCAAGAACUACGUGCCGGUUGAGCGUGAGCAGCUUCGCGAGUUCGUUAAGGCUCGUCUUCGUACCUUCUGCGAAGAAGAAGUGGAUGUGCCACUCAUCCUAUUCAACGACGUGCUCGAGCACGUACUUCGCAUCGAUCGUGUCUUCCGUCAACCACAGGGCCAUCUCAUUCUCAUCGGUGUCAGCGGAUCUGGAAAGACAACCCUGUCUCGCUUCGUGGCCUGGAUGAACGGUCUGAGCGUCUACCAAAUCAAGGUCCACGGAAAGUACUCGGGCGAAGACUUUGACGAAGACUUGCGUACCGUGCUUCGACGAUGCGGUUGCAAGGGCGAGAAGAUCUGCUUCAUCAUGGACGAGGCCAAUGUUCUUGACUCCGGUUUCCUCGAGCGCAUGAACACCCUCCUGGCCAACGCGGAGGUUCCUGGUCUGUUCGAAGGUGAUGAGUACGCUUCCUUGCUUACUGCUAUCAAGGAGGGUGCGCAGCGACAAGGCAUCAUUCUCGACUCACAGGAAGAGCUGUACAAGUGGUUUACGGAGCAAAUUGUCAAGAACCUUCAUGUUGUGUUCACCAUGAAUCCACCCGAAGAGGGUCUUUCGUCGAAGGCAGCCACCAGUCCUGCUCUUUUCAACCGUUGCGUGCUCAACUGGUUCGGAGACUGGUCAGACCAGGCUCUUUACCAAGUCAGCUCAGAGCUCACACAAUCUGUUGAUCUCGACCGCGCCAACUACGUUGCACCGGAUAGCAUUCCCGUUGCUUACCGCGGACUCACCCUUCCGCCUUCCCACCGCGAAAGUGUGGUCAAUGCCAUGGUCGCUGUACACCACUCGCUACGCAGCAAGAACGCGAAGUUACAGAAGACACAGAACCGGAAGAUGUACCUUACCCCACGUCACUUCUUGGACUUCGUUGCGCAGUACGUCAAGCUUUACAACGAAAAGCGCGAAGAUCUCGAGGAGCAGCAGCGCCAUCUCAACGUCGGUCUUGAGAAGCUGCGCGAGACAUUCGACAAGGUCAAGGAACUGCGAGCAAGCCUUGCACAGAAGCAGACGCAGCUCACUAAGAAGGAUGCAGAAGCGAACGAAAAGCUGCAACGUAUGAUUGCGGACCAGAACGAGGCGGAACAGAAGAAGGCUGGAUCGAUCAAGAUGCAAGCUCAGCUUGCGAAGGACAAGGAGGAGAUUCAGAAGCGACAAGAGGUGGUAGAACACGAUUUGGCGGCUGCCGAGCCGGCUGUGGCGGAGGCACAGAAGAGUGUGCAGAACAUCAAGCGACAGCAUCUUACCGAAGUCCGAUCUAUGCAGAAUCCUCCUGCUGGUGUCAAGCUCGCUUUGGAAGCCGUCUGCACGAUUCUUGGACACAAGCCCGACAGCUGGAAGACUAUCGUUUCCAUCGUCAGGCGUGACGACUUCAUCGCCAGUAUCGUACAGUUCGACAACGAGAGGCAGAUGACUGCAGGCCACCGCAGGAAGAUGCAGAAGGAAUAUCUUUCCCAAGAAGACUUCACUUUCGAGAAGGUCAAUCGCGCUUCCAAGGCUUGCGGUCCCCUUGUACAAUGGGUAUCUGCGCAAGUUACCUACUCCGACAUCCUUGACCGCGUCGGUCCCCUACGUGCCGAAGUCGAGAACCUGCAAGUUGAGCUUCAGAAGACAGAGGAGGGCGCCAAGGAAACCCAGGUCCUCAUCCAGAACCUCGAGGAGAGCAUUGGCCGAUACAAGACUGAGUACGCGGCUUUGAUCAGUGAAACUCAGGCCAUCAAGACGGAGAUGGCGACCGUUCAGUUCAAGGUCGACCGCAGUGUACGCCUUCUCGACAGCUUGUCCUCUGAACGCGUUCGAUGGGAGGAGAGCAGCAAGUCUUUCGAUUCUCAGAUCGACACCAUCGUUGGUGACGUCUUGGUUGCAGCUGCGUUCAUCGCUUAUGCCGGUUACUACGACCAACAGUACAGGAAAGCGCUUACAGAGGACUGGUACGAUCACCUCAAACACUCCGGAAUUAGCUUCAAGCCAACAAAUCCAUUCACGGAAUAUCUCUCGACUGCUGAUGACCGCCUGAACUGGCAACACAAUGGUCUGCCGGUCGACGACCUGUGCACCGAGAACGCCAUCAUCCUGCAGAGGUUCAACCGCUACCCGCUUAUCAUCGAUCCUUCUGGCAGAACAACAGAGUUCUUACAGAACGAAUGCAAGGACCGCCGUCUCACGGUGACUAGCUUCUUGGAUGAUUCAUUCACCAAACAACUUGAGAGUUCCCUGCGUUUCGGUAACCCAAUCUUGAUUCAGGAUGCCGAACAUCUGGAUCCCAUCCUUAACCACGUUCUCAACAAGGAGUACCAGAAAACUGGAGGUCGUGUGCUCAUUCAACUCGGCAAGCAGGAGAUCGACUUUUCGCCGUCUUUCCGCCUCUACCUCUCAACACGCGAUCCUUCCGCCAACUUCGCUCCUGACAUCUGCAGUCGUACCACGUUCGUCAACUUUACUGUCACGCAGAGCAGCUUGCAGACACAGACACUGAACGAAGUCCUCAAGUCCGAGCGACCUGAUGUUGAUGAGCGCCGAUCCAACCUCAUCAAGAUGCAAGGAGAGUUCGCAGUCCAUCUUCGUCAGCUUGAGAAGCGACUGCUUCAAGCUCUCAACGAAUCGCGCGGUAACAUUCUGGACGACGACCGCGUCAUCGAAACGCUCGAGACGCUCAAGAAGGAGGCCAAGGAGAUUUCGGACAAGGUCUCCGAGACCGCUGGCGUUAUGACAGAGGUCGAGAACAUCACAAAGGAGUACACUGUUGUCGCUCGUUCUUGCUCAGCUAUCUUCGCUGUGUUGGAGCAACUGCACCAUCUCAACCACUUUUACCAGUUCUCGCUCCAGUACUUUACUCAGAUCUUUGAGACUGUGCUGCGCAAGAUUCGCAACUCCAACAUCACUGGUCAUGCUGCCCGUAUUGAGCAGAUCGUUACUGAGCUCUUCGUUGACGCAUACCGCCGCACUUCGCUCUCCUUGCUCCAGAAGGACCGUGUUACGUUUGCUAUGCUGCUCGUGCAAGCGGCGCCCUACAAGAUGGACAAGGCACACAUCGAUCAGAUCCUUGACCCCGACCUGAAGGGUAUCGAUGUGUCAACCGAGACAGAGCGCAAAGAGGAGGCCAUGGAGCGUGCCAGCAAGAUCCCGAUGUUUAAGGAAGAGCUGCCAAAGAUUGAAGACAGCGCUUGGGAUGCUUUCCUCAAUGAAGAGAUGGGAGAGCGACAUGUACCGCAGGCUUGGCCAGAAGAUCUUACCAAGUUCGACAAGCUACUACGAGCUCUCGUCUUGGUCAAGCUAUUCCGUGUGGAUCGCUUCGUACCCGCCGUCGAGCGCUUUGUCACUGAGGUGUUUGGCAAGGGCAUCCUAGAUGCCAGCGGUGAUCUGGGCGAUAUUGUCAAGCAAGUCAAUGCAGUAACCCCGGUGGCGCUCAGCUCCAGUCCUGGAUUCGACGCAAGUUACAAGGUCGACAAUCUUGUAGAGAGGGAGCAAGUCAGCUGCACAAACAUUGCCAUGGGUUCCAACGAAGGCGCCGCAUCAGCCGACAAAGCCAUCGCUAACGCCGCCACUACAGGCAACUGGGUACUUGUCAAGAACGUCCAUCUCGCUCCACAAUGGUUGCAAUCGCUUGAGAAGCGUCUUGAAGCUCUCAAGCCCAACCCCGACUUCCGUCUCUUCCUGUCAAUGGAGUCCAGCCCCAAGAUUCCGGUCAACCUACUUCGCGCUUCUCGCGUCCUAUCCUACGAGCAGCCUGCUGGAGUCCGUGCCAACAUGAAAGACUCGCUCUCUUCGUUGGCCGAGAAGGCCACCAAGCCGCCGGUGGAGAAGGCACGUGUCUACCUCCUCUUGUCCUUCCUCCACGCAGUCAUUCAAGAGCGUCUUCGCUACGCGCCGACUCUAGGAUGGAAGGGCUUCUGGGAGUUCAAUGACAGUGACUACGAAUGCUGCAGCUUCAUCAUCGACACAUGGGUCGACACCGUCGCACAAGGCCGAUCUAACAUCGCCCCUACCAAGAUCCCAUGGGAGAUGCUCCGUUACCUCAUCACUGAGAUGUACGGUGGCAAGAUCGACGACGCAGAAGACUGGCGCAUUCUCGCUUCUCUCGUCGAUGCCACUAUGACGCCCGCCGCUUUUGAGGACAACUUCAAGAUCGUCAAGGAUACUGAGCACAGCGAGGGUCUCGAACUACCUACCUCGACUAGCUGGAAGGACUUCAUGGGCUGGGUCAAUGACCUUCCCGAGCGCGAGCCGCCUACUUACCUCGGCUUGCCGGCAAAUGCCGAGAAGCUGUUGCUGGUGGGCCAGGCCAAUGCCAUGGUUGGUGGUUUGAAGAGGGUGCUGGAUAUGCUAGAUGAGGGCGAGCAGGUCAUGGCUGAGGCGGAGACUGAGGUCGAGGGUUAG